AGCGGCGCAAAUGGAGGAGAGGGCGCCCAGUAAUUCGUCACGACAAGUCACCUCCUCCGCCCACCACCGGAGCCCGAAUAAACCUCUUUAAUUCGUCAUCUGAUCACCCAGCAGCUCACACGACCUCGCUACCUCAGCCAUGGCAUCAGAGUCGGGCUGCUCUGCCCCCCUCCUUCCUGCGGGAUCCAGCCACCGCCGGGCCACCGGCGGCUGGAGGUCGGCUCUGUUCAUAAUCUGGGUGGAGGUGGCAGAGAGGUUCGCGUACUACGGCAUCUCGUCGAAUCUCAUCAGCUACCUGACCGGCCCGCUGGGGGAGAGCACGGCCGCCGCCGCCGCGGCCGUCAACGCGUGGGCGGGCGCCGCAUCGAUGCUGCCGCUGCUCGGCGCUGCCGUCGCCGACUCGUGGCUUGGCCGGUACCGCACCAUCGUUGCCUCCUCCGUCCUCUACAUCGCGGGACUGGGCAUGCUGGCGCUUUCGUCCAUGUUCUCAUCGCCCGAGAGCCAACAAUGCAAGGUCUCCACCGACGGCCGGCGAGUAUGCCCGCCUUCCUCCCUCCAGACAACCUUCUUCUACGCCUCGCUCUACCUGGUGGCCAUCGCGCAGAGCGGCCACAAGCCCUGCGUGCAGGCCUUCGGCGCCGACCAGUUCGACACGGCAGACCCCAGCGAGCUGUCGUCCCGGAGCUCCUUCUUCAACUGGUGGUACUUCGGGAUCUGCGCGAGCGCCACGGUCACCGUCGCGCUCAUGAGCUACGUCCAGGACAACGUCAGCUGGGGCCUCGGCUUCGGCGUUCCGUGCCUGGUCAUGCUGCUCGCGCUCGUCGUCUUCUUGCUCGGCACGAAGACGUACCGGUUCUACGACGGCGGCUCGAGCAACGGCAAGGGCGCCAGCGCGUUCUCGCACGUCGGCAAGGCCCUCAGAGGAGCAUGGAGCAAGAGGCCGCCUGAGCACAGCGACUGCGCGGAGGAAGAAGAGGACGCCAUUCUCGCUGAGGAAGCAAGGGGCCUGGCAAGGCUGUUUCCGAUAUGGGUAACGUGCCUGCUCUACGGCGUCGUGUUCGCGCAGCCGCCGACGCUGUUCACGAAGCAGGCGGCGACGCUAGACCGGAGGGUCGGGUGGUCGUCGUUCGAAAUCCCCCCCGCGGCGCUGCAGAGCUUCCUAGGCGUGAGCAUCGUGGCAUGCGUCGUGCUGUACGACCGCGUGCUGGUGCCCGUGGCGCGCAGGGCCACGGGCGUCGCCACGGGCAUCACCACGCUCCAGCGGAUCGGCACCGGCAUGGCGCUGGCCCUGGCCGCGCUCGUGGUCGCCGCGUUCGUGGAGACGAAGCGGCUCGGCUUGGCGAGGGACGCCGGCAUCGUGGAUCAGCCAGAUGCGGUUGUCCCCAUGGGCCUGUGGUGGAUCGUGCCGCAGUACGUGCUCCUCGGCGCGGCCGACGCGUUCGCCAUGGUUGGCAUGCAGGAGUUCUUCUACGACCAAGUGCCCGGCGCGCUCAAGAGCAUCGGGCUCGCGCUCUACCUUAGCGUCCUCGGCGUCGGCAGCUUCAUCAGUAGCUUCCUGAUUUCAGCCAUUGAUGCCGUGACGAAGAGGGACGGUGGGACGAGCUGGUUCGACGACAAUCUCAACCGGGCGCAUCUCGAUUACUUCUACCUGCUUCUUGCUGCGCUGACUGCACUGCAGAUCCUUGCUUACCUUCACUUCUCCAAGACUUACGUUUACAAGGGGAAACCUGCCAGCGUUCACUGAUACGCUCGUCAAUCUUAUACAGCAGUGGAAAAUACGUAAAGUGGAUGUGUGUUGGGGACCUUAUUCGAAUGGGCCGUCGUCGACGGCCUUGGUCCAGUCGAGACCACCAAAAGAAGGACACUAAAAAUACUCAGAGGGAGGCAUUGAGCAAGCGCCAAGCCACCUCUAGCUCUCUUUUC